UCCGGAAGUGACGCCACAGGAACUGAGAAACGUACACAACAAAGAUGGCGUCCCCCGGCGAGGCAGCGACUGAUGAUUCACACGUGGGGAAAAAUAAGAAGCCACCAGCUCGUUACUGGCAGGAGUUACCAGAGGAAGGGGAAGAUGAAAACAAAGAUGAAAAGGGUGGCGAAAAGCCUCUGCCGCAGAAGGAUCAACAGACACAGAAAGCUAAGAAAAGAAAGCAACCAGAGGAUCAAAGAGAUGGAAAGAAUUUCGUGUCAGGGAAAUCAGACCCUUUCCCAGGUCCUGCUCCAAUUCCUAAAGAGAGGGUGCAGAAAUUCAAGAGGAAAGAUAAAGCUAAAAAGCCUCGUCACCAGCAUUUCAAGCUUAGAGACAUGAUGAAAAGAUCAGACGAAGCCUCAGAAAUGUCCCAGAAACAAGCUGCCCGGUUUGACCUCCUGCUCCCCGAGGAUGCAGGGUUUCUAGAAGGAGAUGAAGAUGAGGACACAUGUACAAUCUCACAGGAGGAUAUUGCAGAAGCGGUGGAUAUAACAUCUGGAGCAAAGUAUUUCAAUCUGAAACUCUCUCAAUUUGGACCAUAUCGAGUUGACUACAGUAAGACUGGACGUCACCUGCUGCUUGGUGGGAGGAGAGGCCACGUUGCUUGUAUAGACUGGCAGUCCAAACAUCUGAUGUGUGAAAUAAAUGUGAUGGAGUCUGUUAAUGAUGUAAAGUGGCUCCAUAGUGAAGCUAUGUAUGCAGUGGCUCAGAAGAAGUGGCUGUACAUCUAUGACUCCAAUGGAAUAGAGCUUCACUGCAUCCGCAAAUUCAAUGACGUUCUUCGCAUGCAGUUCCUCCCCUACCACUUUUUGCUUGCCACAGCGAGUGCUACAAGUUUCCUGCAGUACCUGGACGUGUCAGUAGGAAAGGAGGUGGCAGCAUUCUGCACUAAGACGGGCCGACUUGACGUGAUGUGCCAGAACCCUCAUAAUGCCAUCAUCCACCUGGGACACCCCAACGGAACAGUCACACUCUGGUCACCAAACCAGAAAGAAGCGCUCGUCAAGAUGCUCUGUCACCAAGGUGGUGUGCGCUCUGUCACUGUGGACAAGACGGGCAUGUACAUGGUGACAUCUGGUCUGGAUAAAAAGCUGAAAGUGUAUGACAUUAGAGCCUUCAAACCCCUCAAGUCCUACUUCCUCCCUGCUGGAGCUUCCUGUUUAUCGCUGAGCCAGAGGGGACUGCUGUCUGCAGCCACGGGGGAUGUUGUUCAGGUGUACAGAGAUGUAUGGAGCGCUCCGGUGACUAAACCCUACAUGGCUCACAGAGUUCGGGGAUCAGUAUGGGGGCUGCACUUCUGUCCUUUUGAGGAUGUCCUUGGAGUUGGGCAUGGAGACGGUUUCACCAGCAUGCUCGUACCUGGAGCGGGUGAACCUAACUUUGACGGUCUGGAUGCAAAUCCAUACCGCAGUGCGAAGCAGAGGCAGGAAUGGGAGGUUAAAGCCCUUCUGGAGAAGAUCCAGCCAGAACUCAUCAGCCUUGACCCUACUGAGCUGGGAUACGUUGACCGUGCAACGUUUGAGCAAAGGCAUCGAGACAGGGUCCAAGCUCUGGGUUAUGAUCCACUUGCUAAAGAAAAAUUUGUUCCCAAGUAUAAGAAAAAAGGUCGUAGUUCUGCUGGUGCCGUUGAAAGGCGCAAAAAGCAAGUGGCUCACGAGGACCAGAGGGACGAAAUCAGGAAAACUGUGGAAGACAAAAUGAAAAUGGAAAAAGAAAUAAAGGAGAGAGCGCAGAAGAAGGCAGCUCUAUCUAAUCAGAAAUCUGCCCUGGACAGAUUCAAAAAAUAGAAAAGGAGGAUUCUUUGUGCAGCUCAAACCCCAGUGACAUUCUGUAGGAGGGACCUUUGAACUUCACAUAAAAGAGACAGUUUUGGGCACAUUACGCCUCUGUGGGAACCAAACAUGCCACUGCAGACAUUUGGGAUGCAGUUGGCAUAUAAAGUCUUGCAUUCAGAUGGGCAGCAGUUCGCUGAAUCAAUGCUGAGUGCAUUAGUAGGGCAGCACUAUUGAAUGUCUGCAGCCUGAAGCACUUCUUGCAUGCGGAGAUAAUGUGAUGUUCUAUAGCUGACAUGGGUGUCAUCCAGAGUUUGUGUUAGAAGUGUAGUGUGUAGGAUUUAGAAGACAUCGCAGACUGCAAACAACACCGCUUGCAUCACCUUCCCAGUAAACAACAAACAACAUAAAAGACCCUCUCUGGAGCCAGUGACUCCAUGGAAGACAACCUGCUCUUGCUGUAGAUGUAAAAGGCUCAUUCUAAGGUAGUUGGCACACAAUGAUUCUUAUUUACAGGUCAGUGCAUGUAACGGAAACAAGCAUAAAUAUUAUAUUCAAUUUCUGCUAUUGGAGUCCCCUAAAUCUUACACACUACUCUUUCAGAUGGUAUUUUUUCUCUGCCUAUAAAUAAAUUUUUUGUAAGAUU